GAAGAGAAAGCUUGGUCAGACAUAAUUCCUGAAUCAGAGAGGAGAAAACUUGAGGAAGAAGAAGAACAGAAAAAACAACUGGAAUUGUAUUUGCCAAAACGAAACAGAAAAACUGUUAAAAAGGUAUUUACCUAUAUCUGCUGUGAUGUAAUUAUUUGAGCUUGGAAAAGUUAAGGAUAAACUUUCAACAUCACUGAAUGUCCAGAAGAAGAACUGAGCCUGAAAGAUAUUUAGUGUUAAUCCAUCCAGGGGAUUUUGUUUUUCCAGCAUAGGUCAAGAGGGGCUGUUCUUGCAACCUUUCAUGUGUAGACUGAUUAGGAGAAUUUGUUGACUGAACAAGGCCUUUUUUUUACUCUCCACAAUCUUUAAGUUUGGAUAAAUAGUGUUGUUUUAAGAGAAAAUAUUACAUGCCAACCACCCUUAUCAUAUAUAGAGAACUGAAUUUAGGGUUGCCGUUGUAGCUAAAAACAUAAUGAGAAAGAAAUAAACUAAAGUUACCUUUUGAAACGAUUCUUUUCCUGCUUCGGGAAAAGUUUUGUUUACAAUAUUAUUAUAAACAAAAAUUUUUAUAACUCAGAGCAAAGAUAGUUUGAACCAAAACAUUUCGACAUUAUCAACAGCUGUAAACCUCUUGAUCAAAAUGUUGAAGUAUUGUUGAGAUAAUAUAGAAAUAUUUGGCUUAAACUAUCUUUGCUCUGAAUACAAAAAUUUUCUCUAUAAAGUCGAGUUACAGUAUUCUAAUUCCUGUGAACUAGAGUGAAUGACGUGGAAAUUUGAGCCUGUGUAUGUGCAUGCUGUUAUCAUACCAUACUUUGUUCAACAUGCAGUUUGACAUGAAAAUAAAUGAUUGCAGUUUAUCUUUUUUAAUGUGGCUGAGAAUGAGGAAGAAAUUUGCCAAAGGAAGGUAAUUUACAAGAGAACACUUGGUCUCCUGGUAGCUACAUGAAGUUAAACGGGACCGUCAGAAAACUAAGUCAGCCCAGUUCACACAAAAGGCUGCUAGCAGAGUUGCUAGGUGUUAAAAACCCUAGCAUGAGGAGUAUUAUUAACAUUUUAUCAACAGAUGAACUAUGGCAAACCCGGUAAUAGUGACAGUGAACAGGAAGGAAGGUCUAAAAAAGCAAGAGGUCGGAAGAAGAAAUCAGAAUCCGAAAGUGAUGACGAUUCUGGUGGUGAAGGGAAAGAAACAAAGAGGAAGCGAGGGAGGCCACGGACUAUCAAGAGGGAAGAUGUUGAAGGCUUCAAUGAUGCUGAAAUAAGAAGGUUUGAACUAAAUGGUUUUGGUUUAUUGCUUUUUUUGGGGAGGGGGGGGCGGGGGGCGUUCAGUAACCUAUGACCUACUACUGUAAGUGUGCUCAAAAUAUACAAGUAACAAGUUUUGUUAGUAGUGAGGAUGUGAACAGCAAGUAGGGACUGGGUCCAUUUAACUGCUUCUACACCCUCCCUCCCUCGCCCUCCGCCAAAAAUUAAAAAAAAAAAAAUGAACUAUAAGGGAGAAGAAAGUGAAGGCUUUUGACAAAUUUUCUUUCCUUUAGGAUUAAACGUAGAGAAAGAGAGUGCCUUGCCUUGUCGUGCCUCCAGCUCACAACAUGCUACAUGCUGGCAAACGUCUAAUUUUUCCCCUCUAGUGCUCUAUUAGAUUUCUUUGGUUCGAUAGAAAAAUAUUUACUUUUGUUUGAUUCCAUCCUCUAGAUUUGUGAAAAGUUACAAGAAGUUUGGAAGGCCCAGAACAAGGUAAUUUUAAAACAGCCUACUGGAUUUUUGCUUAUUCGUUUGUUAGUUUUCACUUGUACAUAAAUCACUUGCUCUAGGUGAGACAUGAGUUUAAAUCCUUCUUAAACCUUUUACUCUCGCGAGUGUGAAAAAUCAAAUAGUAGCUUGUAAAAUAAGGGAGAAGAGGUUUAAUUUGCAUGGUCACACCAUAAGAUUUUGGCCACCGGCUCAAAAGUUAGAUCCCGUUGUAUAAUGAAUCAAAACAAGUGAAAGUACUGCUGAAGAAGAUUUUUUGAUUUUUGAAUGGUCAAAUCACAGGAAAUCCUCCACGGGCUCAAACGUUAGAGCCUUGUGCGUAAUGAGUAGUACCCUGUUAGUCUUUGUAUGUAGUAUCAUGAGAUUUCAUUUGCAGAUUAAAAACUAGAAGCUGUUUACGCAGCGCACGUAUAAGUACCACCUUUUGAAAGUGAGGGCGAAUGAAGUUUCUUUUGAAUACUUACACCACAGUAAUAAUCAUCCGCACACUCAAAUGUUUGAACUACAUGACACAUCUCCCUAGUUUAAUGGAAGGAUUUUCGCAUAAUUUGUGUCCCUACAUAGACUUGAAUCAAUUGCUACUGAUGCUGAAUUAGAUGAUAAAUCGACUGAGGAUCUUACGAGACUGGCAGAUAUUCUUCACAACAGCUGUAUCAAAGCUGUAGCAGAAUACGAGGAUAAACUGAAGGAAGAUCCUAACUUUGAUGGUAGGUUCUACUAGAACUGUGGUCUAACUUUCUAUCAUUACGUGUAGUAUGCUUACGCUCAAGUCAACUCAGUUCCUCGCACAUCUCCUCUCCUUAAUUUUUCAUUCAACAACUAGCCAGGCACGUUAUCUCUUAAGUGUUCUGUUUGGGGGUGUUACGCACUUCAUUUUUAUCUUCUUUUCUCGUUGCUGUUGUUGUGGUUUGUUUGUUUGUUUGUCUGGGUCAGUCCAUUUCAUAAACAGAGGAGGGGAAGGGUGGGUUUGUCAUAUAAGAAGGCUUUGUUACCAUUGGUGUAUGGAGAGCUGGUUUGAGAGCCUGGGGCCUGUUUCUCGAAAGGCCCGGUAAUUUUUCGGGCCCGACGGCAAAUUUUAAAAUCCAGACCAGUUGAAUAGUAGCACAGUUCCUUACCCACAAACCAGUCAGUUUUGCAUCGUCAACUGAUAGUUUCAUUGUAUUAUUCUCAAAAUCAUUGAAAGUUUGCUCUUGAAUGCAAACACAGCAAACACAAAACAGCUUUUCGGGCCCGAAAAGUUACCGGAACUUCCGAGAAACUCCCUGGUUGUUUCCUCGAAAAUGGCCAAUCUAUCUCCUGUACCAAGAUUGGAUUGGUAGCGUUUUCAAAAAGUAUCAAAACUCAUGUAGAGAACGAAAUUUUCUGCUGAAGUGGGAAAUAUAAUGAGUUUCCUUGGAUCCAAUUUGCUUUGAUGGAAGGAAAGAUGUUCUACAAUUACAGUACGUUCUGGAAGGAAAUGAACAUGCAGCGAAGAAUAGUUCGUUCUACAAGGGUUCCAAAGGGCUAUAAGCACAAUUUAUUAAUACCCUACCAAUAAGUUCCUUUAAUACAUGUAUUUUGAUAGUCAAUUGCCUUUUACUACAGAGCAAGCAAAAGUUUAGGAGGGCAACCAAAACUUGAAUUACCGUUGCCUAAUGGGACAAUUAACAGUCAAAAUUAAUUUCUAACCCUGUUUUGAUUCAGGUAAAAAGCGUGGUGCUACUGUGCGACUUAGCAAUGUAACUGUUAAUGCACCAUCAGUGUUAAAACAUGAGGAAGAAUUGGAAUCACUAACAGCCAUCAUGCCCGCAGACUUUGACGAGAGAAGAAAGUGAGUGCAAACUGGGAUAAUAGAUAUUUAUUUAACGGCUAUUACACGAACGCUCAAAUUACAGACAAGGAAAAUUGUUGAGGAAUAUCUCUACCAGAAGAGGACUUAAUUGCCGCUUUUCUCAUACUGUUCCUUAGCCUGCGAAGCGCAGACGUAUUUCCGGUCGUCGCCUCUCUCCCUCCGAAAAUAGUUUUCGGAGGGAGAGAAGCGACGACCGGAAAUACGUCUGCUCUUCGCAGGCUUACUGUUCCUUAGGAAAACGUCUGAGUUAUUUUUCUCAGAUUUGACAUUCCUGGGUACGACGUGAUGUCAUAGAUUAUGUUAUGUGGGCGGGAAACAGUAAACAUUUGAGAGCUUUAGAAGCACGUUUACGGCAAACGUGAAAUUGUGCCACGUGACCAAGUUUUCUGUUUACUUGUGGUUUGCUUUUCAUUAUUUCCAUCACGGAAUAAGGUGUUUCUUGUUACCUUCAUCUAUCAGAUUUGUUUUGGACAAGCCUUUAUCUGUUCAUUUUCCAAUUCGAUAAAAAUUCUCAACUUGCAUCUUUCCUUUGCAGUUUCCGUAAACGUGACUUUGAACCUCUCUAAUGUUACUUGCCACGUGGCCUCGAAGUAGCCAAUUUGAGUUAGCCUGUACACAGACGUUGUUUUAUUUUCCUUCUCGUUCUUUUCAAAAACAUCGGCGAGCGAAGUGAGCACACGAGAACGAGCGCGGAGCGUCUUUUGUCUUCUUCUCCAUCGCUACCCCCUUACGCUGGCGGUCAAUAAAUCCCCUGCGGUUUAUAUUUUAUCACCCACGCUCGACGAACUUUGAAGAGAAAAUGGAGAGUCUGUGAAGAGGCUAAAUUUGAGUGCACAGGGAAAACUGUUAACUGUGCUACAGAGUUAUUUGUUGCUUUUUCUAACAUCGUGUUUCUUUCAGAUUCCGCCUGAUGGCACCUGCUAAGAGUGUUCAUUGGGGUGUAACAUGGGACGUGCCAGAUGAUUCCAUGUUACUUGUAGGCAUCUUCGAGUAUGGACUGGGCAGCUGGGAAGCUAUUAAAGCUGAUGAAAGUUUGUCACUUACUUCUAAGGUAACAGAAUAA